AUGCUUGCCGCACACGCAGACCGUGAGAACAUCGCCGCCGCCCACCAGCAGGCGGCUGCCGCGAAGCCUCUCAAUGCCGGCACUAGAGCUUUCGCUGCAAAGACGCCCGCCAACAAAGUCCCCAAGACGCCAUUUAAGGUCGCGCUCAACGACGAGAAUGGCACCACCCGCGCGGGCAAGGCCGCCUUGAACGCAACCACCAAGGGUGCCGAGAACCAAUUGCUACCUCCCGGCAAGAAAGGCGCCGGGCCAGACAGCAAUGCCUUCGUCACGCCUGCAGGUCCCCGUAUGCGUGCUCCGUUGGGCAUGAAAACGACCAACGCCAAGGCAGCUGCCUUUGCAACUCCCGCCCCACAGACGGAGCCAGCCUCUGAGAAAACCGGCGUGAAGAGCAGCGACCCGCGGCUCCGUCGUGUCAAGGUAAAGGUCCACCAGGCUUCGCCGGCCUUGGAGCUUGCCAAUGAUGAGGAGCGUGACAUUGAGUACAUGCCGCCCCGAGAGAUUCCACUCCCCGAUGACCCCGAGGACUGGCCGUCCGAUAUGCAGUACCCUCAGCUCGAGGGACAGAAUCUCAUGCGUGGCACCUACCAAGUCUACUACGAUCCGGUCGAUGAUGAUGGCGUCCACCUUUCUGACAAGCGCAUUGCCGAGCAAAAGGCCAAGAUUAACGCUAGCCACGAGGCAAUGCUCCAGAAGAACAUCGAAGAAACCCUUGGACCGUUGACCGACGAUGAACGCGAGCUCUUCGGGUUUGCUCCUGCGUUGAAGCCCGCGCCCAAGCCCCAGCCUGCUGCAACUCGGCCAGCAAGUGUUGCGAGCACGUCCAAGUCCACCGCCGCCACUACUCGCCGGCCACUGAGUGUAGCCGCAACCUCAAGGCCAGCCGUGGCGACGUCUCGGACCGUUGCCUCCGCCCUCGCAAACAGCAAUAAUUCCACCGCCUCUAUGCGAGCCCACACGCGUUCCCGCUCUGCCUUAUCCACUACUACGCCUCCGGCUACUGCUCAAGCGCGACAGAAGCCGCCGGCACCAGCCAUGCCGAAGCCUUCGAACCCCUCCAGCAUGAGAUACCAGGCUGCCACGGCUGCCUCACGUACAACCCUAGGCUACGGGAAGGGCCGUGCGAUCGGCACUUCUAUCCGCAAGCCGCUGUGUGUGUCCUCCGGUAACCAGCAGCGUUCCGUUUCUCAGGGUACCACGGGUCUGGCUCAAAGUGCUAUCACUACAAGUGCACGCUCCGCAGGACCCUUGCGUUCUCGUUCAGUUCGGUCUCGCCACGAGUUGGAUACGACGACCGCUGCCGAUGCUUGGUCUCAGGACGAGAACGAUGACCCAGAGAUGGAGAUGAUUCGGGAGAUGGCGCUUCGCAACCUACGCUUGACCGAUCGGGUGGAUGACAAUGACUGGUUCAGCCGGGCACAGUCCGGAAUUUCCGCCUUCGAUAUUGCUGAUGAGGAAGAAGAUUUCCAGUUCACGGUACCUGAGGCUUAG